UCCGGAUGUAACAUAUGAUUCUUAUGGCGGCGUUCUUGGCAUGAUUUUGAUCGCUUGUUUGUAAACUUUCGGUGCUUGUUGCCGAGUGGUGAUUUCAAACGCCAUCAGCAUCAUUCCUUGUAACGCCACUGUUAUGUAUUUAAGAUGGAGUUUUCAGGCAUUUCUCACUAUGGAUCCUCUGUUGUGAAUGGUGGCUCCGACCUAAUGAUUUACAAUGAAAGUGGAGAGAUCUUUGCCAAUGAUAAUGGACUGGAGCAAUUUUCAGAACCUUAUGCAACUGACAAUGAGUUCAUUGAAUCUCAAACUAUACUUGCUGAUGGUGGUGAUCGGUUUGGUGUGUCCGCAAUAUCUUUUGACUUAGAAGAAGAAUUGCUUUGGAUGGGAAAUCAAGGGGGUCACGUUACGUCGUACUUUGGGACUGCCGCACAGAAAUAUACAUCAUUUCAAGUUCAUGCCUCUGAGGAGGUUCGUCAUAUUCUUACGGGGGAGGCAGGAAUUCUUGCUUUAACUAGUAGUUCUCUAAGAGGGCAAAUUCGUCGUGGUUUACCACUUUUCACACACUGCUCUGAAAACAUGGUAGAAAUGCAGUGCAUGUUACAAACGUCUCCUACAUCUCUUUUGAUGGGAGGGCAUCAGGACAAGAUAAUUCAGUUUGAUCUUGCUCAAGGAAUUGAAACGGGAUUGAUUGAUGUAGGGGAAAAUGGAUGUGCCAUUCUCCGUCAACAUCCACGAUAUGUAUGUGCUGGCGACCCAUCUGGAAGGAUUACAUUACGUGAUCCUAAUUCAUUAUCAGUUGAACAUGUCUUAGAAACACAUUCUGGUAGCUUGUCUGAUUUUGAUGUUCAUGGCAAUUUGUUACUUUCGUGUGGAUUCACCAAUAGACAAGGCACGUUAUCAGUAGAUCGCUUUCUCAUGGUCUAUGAUCUUCGAAUGAUGCGUCUUGUAAACCCUAUACCAGUUGUACUUGAUCCCUUAUUAUUAAGGUUCAUGCCAUCUUUCACCUCAAGAGUAGCAGUUGUCUCAUCUUUAGGGCAGUUGCAGUUGGCAGAUACUGUCAGUCUUUCAACACCAAAUCUUAGUCUUUAUCAGGUUAACACAGCUGGCUCACUCUGCCUUUCACUAGAUAUGUCCUCAUCAUGCCAAUGUUUGGCAAUAGGAGACAGUGGAGGUUACAUACACGUCUUCACACCUACAAACUCAGAGAAUCCUAUGAUAAAUACUUACUCUCGUGAAACAGAGUUUGCUGAUCAAAUAGAUCUUCCCCCAUCUCUAUCCAUUAAAGAUGAAACUGCCUCCUUGGCUGCCAUUCCCCUGCCAUAUUCUCCUCAUGGUGGCAAGCUGCUUUCAGAUUGGCCUGCACAGUGUUUAAAUAAUGUCUACAGGCCAACUCCACCCAUUGAUCCAGAUAUUCUUCGGUCUAUGAAAAUGCAGGGCACCAUUGGAUAUGCUCCCAAUCCCAUGACUCGGCGUAGAAACCAAGUUCUCUACGAGUCCAACAUGGAUUUGAAGAGGCGAAAUGGCCUAGUUAAUGGUGGCAGUUCAUCUUCAGGUGAUGGUCGACAGAAAGGUAAUGGGGAAGACUCAGGAUUUAUUGCCAUUCCUAAGCGUUAUAGAAAAACUGAAGUGAAAUAUACAAGAAUGGGAAUGGAUGACUUUGACUUUGAUAUAUACAACAACACAUCAUUUUGUGGGUUGGAGGCUUCCCUCCCCAAUUCAUAUUGCAAUGCAAUGUUGCAGAUACUUUAUUUUUUAGAGCCUAUACGAUGUAUUCUACUAUCACAUAUAUGCCAACGAGAGUUUUGCUUGUCUUGUGAACUAGGGUUUCUGUUUCACAUGCUUGACAAGUCACAUGGUUUUCCUUGUCAGGCUGCUAAUUUCCAACGUGCAUUCCGCACUGUCCCUGAAGCAUAUGCCUUGGGGCUCUUGCUUUCAGACCAGAAUCCUGAAAGCAAAUCCAAUCUAAUCCGCCUUAUUCAGAGCUGGAAUCGGUUUAUUCUUCAUCAAAUGCAUUAUGAGUUACUAGAAGUGAAAAAACAACAGAAUGAAAUUCUGAAAGAAAAACAACAGAAAAAAUUACAAGGUGCUCAACCCCCUUUUGUUUAUAAUGAACAAGAAUUUCCUAGCAUAUCAAAUCCUGUCAUUUCAAGCAAUGUGCAAUGGCGACUUCAACAAAGUACUUCAACUGAAGCUGGAAGUUCAACUGAUGUCAUGGUUGUUCAACAGACUGCAGCCCAAUCUCAGUUUUGGGAAAUGGAUCCUUACAUCUAUGGAUAUCAAGAUGAAAGCAGAUACUGGUGGAUUCCUACUGGCACCACUUAUUAUUCACAUUACCAAGACACUCCAUUAACUAAUGGUGCUACUCCCCUUCAACCUUCCUCUGCUCAUGAUGCCCCCUUUGAUGUUACCCGUGAUAAAGAAAAUGAGGAUGAUACCACAGAGAUAUCACGUUUGCUAGGAAGCAAACAGGUUCAUACACAUCGUUGUUUAAAGUGUGGAAGACAGGUCAGCAAAGAAUCUGUGAUGCUUUUGUGUAAUCUUGUAUAUCCAGAAGCCAAAGAAGGUGUGCAAUAUACAUUUGGCCAAAUAUUAGGACAAAGUCUCUGUCCUGAGCAAGUAACGCCUGCUUGGUGUGAUUCAUGUGACCGCUUUCAACCCACAAAACAGAGUCGAGGACUCAAACAGCUUCCACACAUAUUGUCCAUUAACUGUAACUUGGAUAAUCCCAAAGAUAAAGCAUUUUGGCAAACGCAAACAGAUCUCAUAGUUAAAAAAAUGAUAGAUAAAAAUGGUGGUGAGACAAAUUCUUUGAAUCAACCUCAGAGUUCACCUACCAAAGCUUGCCGUUAUGGAUCAUCUUGUACCCGUCCCAAUUGUCGCUUCCGGCACCCAGGGCAGAGCCAGGAUAAAGAAACAGCUCAAAAUAAAUCCAAUGCCAACUCACAAUUUUAUUCUACUUGCUCAUGGUUACCACUUAGUAUAUGCAUGGAGCGCCUUUCAAAUGGUGCUGUUCGUGCCUACUCCUUGAAUGAUCCUUCCGAAAAACCAAUAGAAACGGCUGAGGAAGUUGUGCAGUCUUCAAACUAUGAUCUUUUUGCUGUUUUGUGUCAUGUCAAUGAUGACAGAAAAAAUCUUAUCUCAUUAAUCAAUGUAGGCUCAGGAUACCAUUCUCGCUUAGGAGGUGCAUCACUUAGCAGCUGGUAUCUUUUUAAUGAUUUCUGCAUCACCCAAGUAAAUGCACAAGAAGCUAUUUGGUUUAGUUUGGACUGGAAGGUACCAUGUGUGCUGUUCUGGAUAAGUAGAGACUUGCCUAAGGAACUUAUACCUACUGUCAGCAAUCCACUCACUGCUGAGGUGUUUAGUGAAGACAACUCUCUUGCCAGAAACAAUGGAGCACGAAAAAUGAUAACUUUUACUCCUCUUACUCCAGAUGAAAUAGCAGCUCCAGGGGAGCUUGUAGCCAUGGAUGCUGAGUUUGUCACACUAAAUCAAGAAGAAUCUGAACUGCGUAGUGAUGGCAAGGUUUCAACUGUUAAACCUUCACACAAAUCAGUUGCUCGGAUCACAUGCAUUCGAGGGCAAGGCCCUAAAGAAGGAACACCAUUUAUUGAUGAUUACAUCUCAACUCAGGAACAAGUGGUUGACUACCUCACAAAAUUCUCUGGAAUUAAACCUGGUGAUCUGGAUGCGAAUUUCAGCUCUAAACAUCUGACAACACUUAAAUCGACAUACCAGAAACUGAGAUUUCUUGUUGAUAAUGGUGUCAAGUUUGUUGGUCAUGGUUUGAAAAAUGACUUCAGAGUUAUCAACUUGGUUGUACCUCCAGAGCAAGUGGUGGAUACUGUUUUACUUUUCCAUCUACCGAAUCACAGGCUGAUCUCCCUUCGCUUUUUAGCGUGGCAUUUUCUUGGUAUGAAAAUUCAGUCAGUCACUCAUGAUUCCAUUGAGGAUGCAAGAGCUGCUCUUCAGCUAUACAAGAAGUACAAAGAAAUUGAUUCUCAAGGAAAUCUCAAGGAAACAUUAAUUGAUCUCUACAGAGUGGGCAAUCAGCAUCAAUGGAAGGUUCCUGGUGUAGAUGACUAAACCAGCAUCUACAUUUAAAAAUACAAAAAAACGAGAGAAAAAAAAACGAAGUACAAUGAGUGUGGAAUUAAGAUACAGUUAAAGAAAUUAGGUGGAAAUGUGUGUGCAGGAGAAGUAGUUUAAUUAAUACAAUGACUUUUUGUCUGAAUGAAUGUACCUGCUUGCCUGUUUCAGGUUAUUUUUAAAUGUUAUUAACUAGAUUAAUCAUAGCAGUAAGAAGUCUGUAAAACCUCUCUAUGGCUUCUAAAGAAAAUACUGAGUAAUCUUUUUAUGAUUUUGGAGACAUCUGAUUUUUUCUUUUUUUUUUCGUGUGUCACUUUAUUUUUUUCUUUUAAUCAGUCUAAAACAAUCAAAUUCUUGGAUUUUUUUUACAUGUUUGCAAACAGAAAAAAAAACGUCUUUUUUAAACUGAGGGGUUGUUACUCUGUAGUUCAAGAAUUUUUUGUUGCCAAAUAUGUGAUCUAUUGCACAAGUACAGCUUUUCUGUGUUCUUGUGAAUCAAUUUAAUGUAGAUUUGAUGUAGGUAUUUUUGUAUCUUUUGAUGAAAAUAUACAGUAGAUUUUUCUGUCAUGUUAAAAAACAAUGAAAAUCAUGAAAUUUGUGAGACAUUUUCUCUGUGUUCUCUUGGUAUAUUUUUAUUUGAUGAUUUUAAUACCUGUCAAUUGUUUCUCAUAAACCCUCUUUCACUGUCAUAAAAGAGAGAGGUACCUCUGAUUUCUAAUAAGAAAAUGUCUGUGUUGUAUGAUGAUAUGAAAUCAAUAAGCAUUAGAGUUUUGCAUUUUUGAUAGAAAACUUAUGAUGUGCUUGCUAAUGUGUAAGCUGUAGCUUAAAAACUUCUUUGUAUAACAUUUUUUUCUAAUGUUUUGUUUUCUCAGGUUGGAACCAUUGGUGAGGAAGUACAACAACAGAUUUAAGAUAAAAUGUACUCUGCUGGUCCAGAUACAUGUUUUUAGGGUGUUAUACAUGGAAACUACGUACUUUUAUUGCUUUAAUUAUUACAUAAUGCAAGAGUAAGAUUUUUCCUUCGUUAUAUGAACUACUAUGGUCAAAAAGAAAUCACCUCUCUGGCUCAACGGCCGAGCCUUCCAGAAAGACAGGCAUUUCUCAAUUCUAACUGUGUUUACCCCAGGGUAUCUGUAAUGGCAAUCAUGCUCAUUCUGCUGUUAACAGCUGAAUUAUAUUUUCAUGGGUUUAUCAUGACUACUGUAAAGAUGUCAUUCUAUUUAAGGUUUGUACUUUAUUGGUACUCAUUUUUCAAAUGGUUGUGAAGCAUAUAGUUUAGCUCUAUGAUUUUUUUAAAUGUGUUUCUCUUUUGGUAUUUAAGUUAAUUUUCUCUUUGUAAUAAUUUGCAUAUAAAACAGACUACAUUUGUACCAAUCAGGCUACCCUUACAUUCCACUUCACUGUCUUGUCGUGAGAUUGGUGUUAACAUUUUAGAAAAAUAAAAUUAAUGAAAGUGAA